UUUCUUCGACCUUGCAAUAUAGCGGUACGUUCGACUACGAAGCGUGAUGUCGAUUAAAAUCAAAGCUAAGUCUGGAGUAAGUAACAAGGAGAAAGCCAAAAAACGUCACGGAGAGGAGCUUGAAGUUUUUCCCGUAAAGGUGGCCAAAAUGAAGAAGAGAGAGCUCACAAUUUCAGAAACUGCUUCUGGCGAUGAUGUAAAAGUGCACAAACCGAAGGGAGUAAAACAGAAAUUGGGAAAGAAAUCCAAGACACCUUUAAAAGCAUCUCUGGAUAAGAGAGAACGUCGUCUAUUGAAAUUAAAGUCAAAAAAGCACUCUGAAGUUGUUAUGCAAUUAUUGCCAAUGUGGGAGCAAUUUCGACGAAAUGCUGUUUCCAAGGAGAAACGAUGCGAAUGUAUUCAAGAAGUGUUGAAAGUUUCAAAGAAUAUCAUACCUGACCUAUGCAUGGCGCAUGAUACAUCUCGAAUUCUUGAAGAUUGUGUUAAACACGGGACAGAAUCACAACGUUGGGAAAUUUUCAGUGAAAUUCAUAAGAAAUUUGUAAUUCUUGCCAAAUCACGUUAUGCAAGAUUUGUUCUUUUAAAAUUAAUGAAAUAUGGCGAUAAACAGCACAGAUUGGAAAUGUUUAAGGCAUUUAGAGGUCGUAUUCAACGUUUAACACAGCAUAGAUUUGCCUCAGAGAUUAUAGACACAUUGUAUAAUGAUUAUGCUACAGCUACACAACGUAAUGAAAUGAUACAAGAAUUUUAUGGGAAUCGACAUGCCCUCAGACUUGGUGAACAUGAAUCCUACAAUCUUGAGGAUACACUGAAGUUGCAUCCAGAUAAAAGUGAAGUUAUUUUAAAUAAUCUCACGGUGACACUCAUCAAUUUAGUUACAAAAGGUCUCAACAGAUUCAGUAUUGUUCAACACCUCCUAUUAGAAUACCUUAACAGUGCAUUCACAUUCAACAAAGCCACCGCUGCCUCCUCCACGUCUUCCACGUCUGCUGUUACUGGUGCAGAGAAACCGUCUACUACAGAUCUAUCUCAACCUAAUGCAGCUAUCGUUCCUGUGUUAAUUGAUGACUCAUUGGAUUGUAAAGAAUCACCACUACCUAAAUCAUUUAAUGAUAAUUUUACAACAUUAUUGGAAGCAUUAAUUGAUGGACAGUUGGUGCCUAUGAUGCAUACACGUGAAGGUGUACGAUGUGCUUUAAAAAUUCUUUGGGCAUGUAAUCCACAGAAACGUAAACUUUUAGUUAAAGGUUUAAAAACCUGUAUAAAAAAUAUUGCCUUCAAUGAACAUGGUCAUUUGUUUAUUAUUGGAUUAAUUGAUGCUGUUGACGAUAUUGUCCUAUUGCAGAAAACUGUAUUCAGAGAAAUCUUAGACGAUCUGGAAUUGUUCGUGAUGCACCCUAACGCACGUAAAGUAUUACUGUAUAUGCUGUCACCACGUGAUAGUCGCCAUUUCUCGCCUCAACUGAUCAAUAGUAUCCUGACACCUGGGGAUACAAAUAUGCAUACAAAAAAGCUACUAGGUGUUCGUGCCUUGGAGAUGCGCACGUGUCAAUCGUUAGUGUUACCAGCUUUGUUGAAUUUAGCUCAAGAAAAGUUGACAGAAUUAUUUAUCGGUGAUGCAAGUGAUCCAACAAAUGAAGCAGGCAUAAUAGCUCGUAAAGAUUUAGGUCGUCUUAUUCUGCUAAGUGAAAUUCUUGAUAAAAGCGCACCGCAUAAUUUAAAUCCAGACGUUGUAAUUCCAUUAUACAAUCGAUCAAAUGAUAGUACACGUGUACUAGUCGUAAAAUGUACAAUCCCUGAAAGUGAUUUAUCCGCUUAUAAAGUAUCUAGAAAAGCAGCAUUGGAAAAGUUGAUCACAUGUGUCCUUGUGCCUGAAUUCAAUCCAUCUGGUGGUGAUAAUAGAAAUGGUCAGUCCAAGCUGAAUGUCAGUCGAGAUGAUUUACGCCUAUCACGACAUAAAAUGGCUGUAGCACUUGUUGAAGCUUAUCUGGCCAAAUUGAAGAAUCCGGAUAUCAAAUCGUUCACUGGCGGAAAUGGAUUAGUUAACGGAGAAGAUGAAGAAUGUGAUGACGAUCGUGACGAUGCUGAUGAUGAUGAGGAAGAGGACGAGGAGAAGGAGGAUGAUAAGCAUAUGUCAAUCGAUGAAAUCUUCACAGAUCUUCAGAUUGACUCGAAACCAUUCAUUGAACGACCUGAAGGAGUAAUUAUCAUUCGUCGUUUACUGCAAGGGGAAAAGGAGCAUAAAACGUUUACUUUCGGUCGAUUAAUUAUGAAAAAUGUACCAAUGAAAAAUUUAUGCUCUUGGACUAAAUGCAAUCGUACAUGUUACCUUCUUGUGAAUCUAUGGGAACUUGGUGAUGAAGCAAUUUGUAAACAACUCAAAGAAGGCUUGACUCCGAUGAUUGAAACGUUGAAGAUUUCACCAUUGUCUGGCGCUAAAAUCUUGUACAAUCAUUUAACCAAGUAGUGAUCACGUUUCACUAAUAAUAAAAAGAAGUUUUAUAUACAUAUUUAAUAUUUGCUUUGUACAGAAUUCCCUUCUUAGCAGGUAUAUUUGUAGUACAGAUUUCCUCUUGGAAAUCUGGAAUGAUACUUUGUGUUGCAACUUUCCUAGAAAAUACAUUGCACUGAUAAAGGCAUU